AUGUAUCCCAGAUCUGCACCCUCAGAGGGGUCUCAAAGUACGAAUCAAGUUGAGAAAAAACAGAAACGUCCUAAAGCCUCCCACUACAGCGCUGUAGUUAAGGCCUCCUGCUCCAUCAAGAUUAACUUAGUCACUGGCCAACCCAUCAUCUGCCAGCCAGCCCUCAGCCAACCAGUCAUAAGUCAACAAGUCCUUAGCCAACCAGGAAUGAAUCAACUUGGCAUGAACCAAUCAGGCAUGAAACAAUCAAGCUUACCAGACAUGAACCAACCAAGGAUGAGCCAGCCAGGCAUGGGCUCAUUUGGUGCGAACCAACUGGGCGUAAACCAACCAAAUACAAGCUUACCUGACAUGAACCAACUGAGCAUGAAACAACCAGUCAGGAGCCAACCAGGCACAUGGCAACCAGGUAUGAGCCAACAAGGCCUGAGCCAACCACGCAUGUGGCAACCAAGCAUGAGGCAACCAUGCUGGAGCCAAUUCAGCAGAAGUGAACUAAGCAUGAGGCAACCAGGCCCAAGCCAACCAUGCACAAGUCAACCAGGCCUGAGACAACCAGGCCUGAGCCAAUUCAGUAUGAGUCAAUCAGGCAUGAGGCAACCAGGCUGGAGCCAAUCAGGCACAAGUCAAGCAGGAACAAGCCAAGCAGGCAUGAACCAACCAAGUCCAAGCCAACCAGGCAUAAGGCAACCAGGUAGAAGCCAAUCAGGCAUGAGGCAACCAAGCAUGAAUUCUUUCCGAGUAAGACCUGCAGAGGCUCAUGACUGCCCAGAAAUCUUGCGCCUAAUUAAAGAACUGGCUUCCUGUGAAAACAUGCUAGAUUCAGUGAAGUUAACAGUAACAGAUUUACUCAGAGAUGGCUUUGGGGACAAUCCCCUUUUCUACUGCCUAAUUGCAGAAGUACACAAUCAACAAAAACCAUCAGGCAAAGUGACUGUUGGAUUUGCCAUGUACUACUUUACGUACGAUCCCUGGAUUGGCAAGUUACUUUACCUAGAGGACUUUUAUGUCAUACAAUCUUACCGAGGUCUAGGUAUUGGAGUUGAAAUGCUGAAGAGGUUAAGUCAGAUAGCCAUCAGAAGCCAAUGUAACUGCAUGCACUUUCUUGUUGUCAUUUGGAACCAGGCUUCUAUUGACUACUAUACUCGUCGAGGGGCUUUAGACCUUUCCUCUGAGGAGGGUUGGCAUCUGUUCAGGUUUAAUAGAGAAGAACUCAUGGAUAUGGCAAAGGAAGAGUGA